CAACUUACACUGAAAAAUCAACUUGAUUUUUCAUUGUUAGCUCUGUGCUCUCUCUACUUUUCUCUAGUGUAGCCACCAAUCAUCAUAUCACACCAUUUUCCUCUUCAUCCAAAUCCAUGGCUAGCUCUAUGGUUUCCGUGUCUUACAUUGUUUUAGUUCUGGCCAUGUCACUAGCUAGCUGUUUCACAGGGACAGAGGGAGCCCGUGCUUUCUUUGUGUUUGGGGAUUCACUUGUUGAUAAUGGCAACAACAACUACUUGGCAACAACAGCUCGAGCAGACUCUCCUCCUUAUGGCAUUGAUUACCCAACUCGCAGAGCCACUGGCCGUUUCUCUAAUGGCUAUAACAUUCCUGACUUUAUCAGUCAAGAACUUGGGGCAGAAUCCACUUUGCCUUACUUAAGUCCCGAGCUCACUGGACAAAGAUUGCUUGUUGGUGCCAACUUUGCAUCUGCUGGCAUUGGAAUUCUCAAUGACACUGGAAUCCAAUUUGUAAACAUAAUCAGAAUAUACAGACAGCUAGAGUACUUUCAAGAAUACCAGCGGAGGGUGAGUGCUCUUAUUGGAGCUGCGAGGACUCAGCGCUUAGUAAAUGGAGCACUAGUCCUCAUCACUCUUGGAGGAAACGAUUUUGUGAAUAACUAUUACUUGGUGCCGGUCUCUGCAAGAUCUCGCCAGUACUCUUUACCAGAUUAUGUCAGAUAUUUAAUCUCUGAGUAUAAGAAAAUUCUGAGGAGGCUAUAUGAUAUUGGAGCACGUAGGGUACUGGUGACGGGAACUGGUCCACUGGGUUGUGUUCCAGCGGAAUUGGCCAUGCGAGGCAGAAAUGGGCAAUGCUCACCUGAACUGCAGCGUGCCGCGUCCUUGUUCAACCCUCAGCUUGUUCAGAUGAUCCAACAACUCAAUAGCGAAAUUGGCUCAAAUGUCUUCAUCGGAGCCAACACGCAAGAGAUGCACAAUAGCUUCAUCAAUAACCCUGGAGCAUAUGGAUUUAUUACAUCAAAAGUAGCAUGCUGCGGUCAAGGACCUUAUAAUGGUGUUGGGCUGUGCACUGUGGUAUCCAACUUGUGCCCAAAUCGUGACCUUUAUGCAUUUUGGGAUCCUUUCCAUCCAUCACAAAAGGCCAACAGGAUUAUCACUCAACAGAUCAUGUCAGGCACCACAAAGUAUAUGUAUCCCAUGAAUCUCAGCACUGCUUUGGCCUUGGAUUCUCAGAAUAGCUAAACCAGGAACUGUCAUUUUAGUACUGCACCCUCUUUGUGUCCUACAAAAAUUCUACUCGUUAAUUAAUUUGUGAUAUAUCACAGUGUUGCAAUGUCAUGAAAAUUAGUUUGGAGCCAAAGUAGUAACCGAGUCAAUGGUUACCAAAUAGUAUAAUGUUGUAUUGGAUAAAUGAGGAUGAGUGCCGUCUUUAUUCUCAUUCUCUCUGUAAGCGCAGAAAAAAACCGCAGAAUAAA